AAAUACGCCACCAGGCUAGAUGGCAAGUCGGAGACGGAGAGACAUCAGGGGUGUCAAACCUACGGCCAGGUCUGUGAACAGGAUUUAUCCGGCCCGGGAGAUGAUGUUGAUGGGGAGACGGCGGUUCUCGGGUUUGGAGGUGACCUUAAUGGUCAUGUUUGCAUUGAUGUUGGUGGUAUCCAUCGUUUUUAUAGUUCUGUUUGCUACCGGCGAACCUGGCACUCUUAAGGAUGAGACAACAGAUGAAUUUGUUCCGCAGUGUCCGAGCAUUCCUCUGGCAGAGAGAGUGGACUGCUUCCCUGAUUCCGGAGCCUCCAUGAAAGGAUGCCAGCUGCGUGGAUGUUGCUGGAGUCCAGUCGACGAACGGAAUGUGCCCUGGUGCUUCUUUUCCGCCAACCAUGGAUACACCGUCGAAUCGGUGGAGCAACCCAACACUUAUGUAAUGAAGGCCAAUUUGAAGAGGAUGGCCUCCCCUUCCUUGUUCGGAGAAGAUAUCCAAGAACUGUCAUUUCAUGCUGAAAUGCAAACAAGCAACCGUCUUCGUUUUAAGAUAACGGACGCCCACAAGCAGAGGUUUGAGGUUCCCCAUGAACACGUCAACAGCCUCAGCAACAACCCGACCAGCCCCAUUGACGGCACACUGGUGAUCAGAAAAAACCCGUUCGGCCUGGCUGUUCGAAGGAAGGAGAGCAACAAAGUCCUGUUUGACACCAUGGGUCCGUUAGUGUUCGCAGACCAAUACCUGCAGCUGUCGGCCAAACUUCCAUCCCAUAAUAUUUACGGCCUGGGAGAACACGUGCACAGGCAGUUUCGCCACGACACGUACUGGAGGACCUGGCCCAUCUUCACCAGAGACGCUUUCCCAAACGGGGGAACACACAACCUGUAUGGACAGUAUCCCUUCUUCCUUUGUCUGGAAGAUGAAAGUGGGAAGUCGUUUGGCGUCUUCCUCAUGAACAGCAAUGCGAUGGAGGUCACCCUGCAGCCUGCGCCGGCUGUGACCUUCAGAACAAUUGGAGGAGUCUUGGACUUUUAUAUCGUUUUCGGAGACUCACCGGAACAUGUGGUGCAGGAGUUCCUUGAGCUUAUUGGCAGGCCUGUCAUUCCGCCGUACUGGUCACUGGGAUUCCAGCUUUCCAGGUGGAACUACGGCAACUUGAGUGAGGUCAAGGCAGUCGUGGAAAGAAACCGUGCAGUGGGCCUUCCAUAUGAAAUCCAGUAUACCGACAUUGACUACAUGGAGGACAAGAAAGUCUUCACAUAUGACAAAGUCAAGUUCCAAGACCUGCCGCAGUUUGCCGACUAUCUUCACCAGAAGGGACAGAAAUACAUCCCCAUCCUGGAUCCUGCUAUUGGCACCAGUAAGAGGGUCGGGGGAGCGCCGUACGAGUCCUUCGAUCGAGGAACCAAGACGAAUGCAUGGGUCACCGAACCAGACGGGAAAACUCCUUUACUUGGAGAGGUGUGGCCAGGAGAGACAGUUUUUCCAGAUUACACCAGGCAAAGUUGCAUCGACUGGUGGGUUGAUGAGUACGAGCGAUUCGCUCAGGAGAUAAAACAUGACGGCAUCUGGAUAGACAUGAAUGAGGUGGCUAAUUUCAAGAAAGGAUCAAUUAAAGGAUGUGCCGACAACAAACUCAACUAUCCUCCCUACACUCCAAAGAUCCUGGAUGAGGUGAUGUACAGUAAGACUCUGUGCAUGGAUGCCAAGCAGGCCUGGGGGGACCACUAUGACGUCCACAGUCUCUACGGCUACUCAAUGGUCCUGGCCAUGGAAAAAGCUCUGCAGCGUGCGUUUGGAGGAAACCGGACACUGAUACUGACCCGCUCCUCCUUUCCAGGUGUGGGCAAAUAUGCGGGUCACUGGCUGGGGGACAACGCUGCCAAUUGGAACGACAUAAAAUGGGCCAUCCCCGGCAUGCUUGAGUUUGGUCUGUUUGGGGUCCCUUACAUCGGAGCCGACAUCUGUGGGUUUUUCGACGACAGCGGCGAAGAGUUGUGUCGUCGGUGGAUGCAAGUGGGAGCCUUUUACCCCUUCAGCCGCAACCACAACGCCGAGGGCUACAAGCCUCAGGAUCCAGCUUCAUAUGGCGCUGACUCCCUCCUGGUGGAGAGCUCCAAACGAUACCUGAGCAUCCGCUACACUCUCCUGCCCUACCUGUACACACUCUUCUACAAAGCCAACACCGUGGGGGAGACUGUAGUGCGACCCCUGAUGCACGAGUUCUAUUCUGACGAAAAAACCUGGACUGUGGACCGUCAGUUUCUCUGGGGAAAACACCUGCUCAUCACACCUGUGCUAGACCCGGGCGUGGAAAUGUUGGAUGCAUACAUCCCGGAUGCUUUGUGGUAUGACUAUGAGACGAGGAAAGCACUGCAAGACCGCAGAAAACACAUUCAGCUGCAUUUGCCAGGCGACAAGCUCGGUCUACACAUCAGAGGCGGUGCCGUUCUUCCCACGCAGACUCCUGAUGUCACCACCGCAUACAGUCGGCGAAAACCGAUGGGUUUGAUCAUUGCUCUUGAUGACAACGGCCAGGCUGCAGGGGAGCUGUUCUGGGAUGACGGAGAUUCCCGAGAGACUGUUCAAAAAGGCACCUACAUCCACUACCAUUUCACUGUUAUCUCCGGAGUACUGACCAUGCAGGUGACUCACGCCGGCUACCGGGAUCCAAACAACCUAAAGUUUGAGGACAUUACAGUCCUCGGGGUGCUUCACCCUCCCACGUCCGUCUCUGUGAUGCACGGAAACUCCAACAGCACAGUUCCAGAUGCCGACGUUCAAUACGACGGAGCCAAUGAGGUGCUGUUCUUACGGAACCUGUCCUUAGUCCUGGGGGAAACCUACCAGGUGCGCUGGGAGCAGGUCCGAGAAGAGUACCAACGCUUUGACUGCCACCCCGAGGAGCACGGCGACGAGGCAAAGUGCAAAGCCAGAGGAUGCAUCUGGAAGGAAAGCACACUGGCAGGCGUGCCGUGGUGCUUCUUUCCAAAAGACUACGGAUAUUCUUUCGAGAGAAUCGAAGAAACCGACUCGGGCGUUUCGUUCGAUAUCAGUCGGAACAAAGCGUACCGGAGCACUGGACGCCCCGGAUCACCUGAUGUUGACAACCUCCGUGUUCAGAUCACCUACCACAGCAGCCACAUGCUACAGUUCAAGAUUUGGGACCCGGCCACGGAUCGUUACGAGGUUCCAGUGCCGUUGUCUGUCCCACCUGUCCCCGAGACUAAUGAGGACAAGAGGCUUUACAAGGUCCUUUUCAAGAAGAAUCCAUUUGGCAUCCAGGUGAUACGGAAAAGCACAGGAACCAAAAUUUGGGACUCCUCUCUGCCAGGCUUUACCUUCUCCGACAUGUUCAUCCAAGUGUCGACGCUUCUGCCCUCCCGGUACGUGUACGGCUUUGGGGAGACGGAACAUCAAACUUACAAACACGACCUGAACUAUCACACCUGGGGUAUGUUCUCCAAGGACCAGCCACCUGGUUACAAGGUGAACUGCUAUGGCGUGCAACCGUUCUAUAUGGGCCUGGAGACCACUGCAGACGCUCACGGCGUGUUGCUGCUGAACAGCAACGCAAUGGACGUGACUUUCCAGCCGACGCCAGCUUUGACCUACCGGACUGUGGGGGGCAUCCUGGAUUUCUACAUGGUGCUGGGACCCACACCCGAGAUGGUGGUGCAGGAGUACACCGCUCUGAUCGGACGACCCGUUCUACCCGCCUAUUGGUCCCUUGGAUUCCAGCUUUGUCGCUAUGGUUACGCCAACGACCAGGAGAUAGCCGAUCUAUACAAGGGGAUGAGGGAAGCAGGCAUACCUUAUGAUGUGCAAUAUGCAGACAUCGACUACAUGGAUCGGCAGCUGAACUUUGUCCUGGACCCUGAUUUUGCUGGACUCCCUGCCCUGGUUAAAAACAUGAGAAAAGACGGCAUGCGGUUCAUCUUCAUUCUGGAUCCGGCUAUUUCAGGCAAUGAGACUAAUUACCCUGCCUUUGACAGAGGUAAAGCUGCCGAUGUCUUCAUCAAAUGGCCCAAAAACCUUGGUGGUGACAUUGUGUGGGGGAAGGUAUGGCCAGAUUUACCCAAUAUAUAUGUCAAUGAAUCACUGGACUGGGAUACCCAAGUAGAGCUCUACAGGGCUCACACCGCCUUCCCUGACUUCUUCCGCAAUGCGACCGUGAAUUGGUGGCGUCAAGAAAUCAUGGAUUUCUAUCAGAAUACGAUGAAAUUUGAUGGCAUCUGGAUCGAUAUGAAUGAACCUGUUUCUUUUGUGCACGGCACAGUAGGGGGGAAGUGUUUGGGUAACCCUUUGCUUGAUAAUCCUCCAUAUAUGCCAUCUUUGGAAUCCAGACAUCUCGGUUUAAACCAUAAGACCUUGUGCAUGAACAGCGAACAGAUACUGAGUGACGGAAAGGCAGUCAAGCACUACGAUGUCCAUAGCCUCUACGGGUGGUCCCACUCCAAAGCUACUUAUGACGCCCUGCUGGAUGUGACAAAUAAAAGAGGAAUAGUGGUGACCAGGUCCACUUACCCCUCCAGCGGAAAAUGGGUAGGACAUUGGCUGGGUGACAACAAUUCAAGCUGGGACCAGUUAUAUAAAUCCAUCAUAGGCAUGAUGGAAUUCAGUCUGUUUGGCAUCUCUUAUACCGGGGCGGACAUAUGCGGGUUCUUUAAUGAAGCAGAGUAUGAGAUGUGUCUUCGCUGGAUGCAACUGGGUGCUUUCUAUCCAUACUCACGUAACCACAACGGCAAGAACAGCCGGAGACAAGAUCCGGUUGCCUGGAACUCCACCUUCGCAGAGACAUCCCGGAAAGUCCUCAACAUCCGUUACACCCUCCUGCCGUACCUCUACACGCUCAUGUUUGAAGCCCACGUCUCAGGAAGCACCGUCGUCAGACCGCUAUUGCACGAGUUUGUGACGGAUCGGACUACUUGGGACAUUCAUAAACAGUUUCUCUGGGGACCUGCUCUUCUAAUCACGCCUGCCCUUGAAGCGGAAGCUACACAGGUCCAGGGUUAUGUCCCUGAUGCACGCUGGUAUGACUACUACACGGCCAAAUAUAUCAAUGUGCGUCGCCAAAUGAUCUCGAUGCCCACACCGAUGGACCAUAUCAAUCUUCACAUCAGAGGAGGAUACAUCAUACCUUGGCAGAAACCAGAGAACAUGACGUUCUACAGCCGGCGGAAUCCUCUGGGACUGAUCGUUGCCCUGAGCGACGCCGGGACGGCGCACGGAUCCUUCUUCUGGGACGACGGGGAGGGAAUAGACACUGUUGGAAAGAAGCAAUAUCUGCAGACCUCCAUGGCUGUGAAAUCGAACACCUUGUCGAGUGAGGUUGUCCAUAAUGGCUUGUUUGCAGCUGACCAUUUGAUCCUGGGGGUGGUAAAAGUGUGGGGGACGGGCAGUGCUCACAUCAGGAAUGUGAAUCUGACGGAUGUGGCCGGAGACUCGUACGCUUUGAAUUUUAGUUUCAGUGCUGUGACUCAGGAGCUGAUAAUAAAUGCAACUGCGACGUCUGUCCGUGUGGAUCAAGGCUUCACGAUUACAUGGAAGGCCUGAUGUUAUGUAUAUUCAACAUCCCUGUGCAGAAAGGCUCAUUUAUACGAUUGUAAAUUAUUCUUACCAAAUGAUGCAUUCCCAGUUAAACACAUUAAAACACAUUUAAGAGAAAAUUUCACAAUGUCAAAUCCAUUUGCUGUCAAAAUUAUUUUCCAAAUAAACUUUAUU